AUGGCCAAAUCUCAACACCUCUCAAAUACUUGCAUAAAGCUGAAGUUCCAAAAGCCAAAUUCCAGACUUGGGGGGGAUAGUGGGAAUGGUCUCCCUGCUCCUAAGUUGGCCUUGCCUCUGCCUGAGUACAAUCAUUGUUUGAACCGUCUAUGGGACCAUGCUUUGCAGUUUUCUUACCUUCACAUCAAAGCACCCACAUUUGAUUCAAGGCAAAAACAAGGACCGCACUCACCAGGUGUUAUUAGGAGAGAGUAUGGCAUGGGCUGUGACUUUUCAACAUACGGCGAUGUGUACAACUAUGGAAUCCUCUUGUUGGAGAUGUUCAUUGGAAAGAGGCCCACUGAUGACAUGUUUAAUAGUGGUGUGAACCUUCAUAACUUUGCUAAGAUGGCUAUACCUGAACGAGUUAUGGAGAUUUCUGAUCCUACUCUGUUGCACACUGAAGACAAGGAUACAAGUAAAAGCUUUCAAACUUGUACCAAGUCGAAAUAUGAAAUUAUUGAGGAUUGCCUCAUUUCAACUUUUAGAGUUGGAAUUGCUUGUUCCAUGGAAUUGCCAAGACAAAGAAUGGCUAUCAGUUCUGCUACUACUGAACUGCUUUCGAUCAGACAUUCUACUUGGAACUGGGAUGAAACAAGAGGAAGGCGCAAAGUAAACCCAAGGGGUAUGACUGGAGUUCAUAUUGGGUCAUAUACGCCUCAGCUGUUACUUCUUGGUCUGUCUCAUGCUCUGCUUUAAUUUUAUGCUCUUUUACUCUUUGUUCUUAAGGUCUCCUCUUGUAGUUUGG